UGGGUGUUGCGCCGUAUUGACCGUAUUGGCCGUAUUCAUUCAAUGUCGUUUUUGACAGUCGCUGGUUUUCUUGCAUAUAGUAAAUUGCAUCGAGUGCUUUCACGGAUAAUCAUAACUUUUCAUUCAUAAGUAUUUCAAAGUUAGUUUUUAUAAAGUUUCCGUGCAUGCAUAACAGAUAACUAUGCAAUAACAGGCGGACCGCAUUUAUAUACAUAUACUGUAGAGAGCAAUUUACCUUCCAAUAUCUUAAAGAGGCGACACAGCUCUUGCCAUCCGGAGACAGUGAAUAUAUAAAAUUAUUCAUUGAAUAUCUCUCAUAAAAAUUGUUGAUAAAAACGAAAUCUAGUCUUCCCGGUUUUUAAUCGACGUAUUUGUUGUAGUAUACCUCUCUGUUACCUUCUUGUAUCAACGAACGUAUUGUGUGUGUGGCGUGGCAAAUAAGUUGAUUUUCGACUUUUGGAUUAUUGAAAAGAAAGUGAAUUAAUAAUCUUAUAAAAUGUCCAUAAACCUACGAACCGUGUACGCGUUUGCAAGGGAGAUGUAUCCAAAGAAUUCUUCAACACCAGUGCAAUACGGCACUGCCGGAUUUCGAGGCAGAGCCGAAUUUUUGGACAGUGUAAUGUACCGCAUGGGUGUUUUGGCAACACUACGUUCUCGAAUUCGUGGUGGUGCUGUGAUUGGAGUAAUGGUCACCGCUUCACACAAUCCAGAGCCGGACAAUGGUGUCAAAUUAAUCGAUCCAAAGGGUGAAAUGUUGGAAGCCAGCUGGGAAUCCAUCGCUACGGAUUUGGCUAAUGUUGAAGACAGUGAACUUGAAGCUCAUGUUGCGAAAAUUAUUAGUGAUAAUAAAAUUGACGUCGGUUCGUCAUCGAAUGUCUUCGUCGGUAUGGACAACCGUUAUCACAGUCCACGUCUAUUAAAGGCAGUCGCUGAUGGUGUAAUUGCAUUGAAGGGUAAUGUGCGUGAGUUCGGUAUUGUGACGACACCGAUGCUGCACUUCUUUGUGGUGGCAGCGAAUACCAGAGGUGCUUAUGGACAGCCCACGGAGGAGGGUUACUACCGAAAAUUGAUCACAGCCUUUGAAACGUUACGUGGUGAUAAGCUAGAAAACGGUAAUUAUCGCAAUAAACUGAUAUUCGAUGGUGCAAAUGGUGUGGGUGCGCGCAAGAUGUUGCAGUUUCUAAAGCGUAUGCAUAAUUCUCUACAAGUGGAAGUGAUAAACAAAGGAGAUGGAAAGAUAAAUGAGAAUUGUGGAGCCGAUCAUGUUAAGGUGAAGCAAGCGGUACCAAUAGGCAUGCCAAUUGUGGAACCAUACACCCGUUGUGUGAGUGUAGAUGGUGAUGCUGAUCGCGUCGUAUACUUCUUCACCGAUGAUGCCGGACAUUUCAGAUUAUUGGAUGGUGAUCGUAUCGCCACACUAGUAGCUGACUAUCUUAUGGACAUGCUAAAACGUUGUGAUCUCGAUUUGAGUAUGGGUUUGGUGCAAACCGCCUACGCCAAUGGUGGUUCGACAGACUAUAUUGCCAAUACGUUAAAAGUACCCGUGGCUUGUGUGCCAACAGGCGUAAAACAUUUACAUCACAAGGCUUUGCAGUACGAUAUUGGUGUAUACUUUGAGGCGAAUGGUCACGGUACCAUAAUUUUUAGCGACAACGCUAAAUGUCUAAUAAAGGCGCAAUCUGAAACGAACCCGAACGCAAAAAUAUUAUUGCAAAUAAUAGAUCUCAUCAAUGAAACGGUCGGCGAUGCAAUAUCUGACAUGUUAUUGGUCGAAACGAUAUUAAACUCCAAGGGUUGGGAUGUUAAAGACUGGUUGGCGACUUACGAUGAUUUGCCAAAUCUUCAAUUGAAAAUUAAAGUUCAAGAUCGGAAUGUGAUCACGACUACCGAUGCCGAGCGCGUUUGUGUUACACCAGUAGGUCUGCAGGAAGCCAUAGACAAGGUGGUGUCCAACUAUAAACGCGGUCGCGCAUUCGUAAGACCUUCAGGUACAGAAGAUGUGGUGCGGGUUUAUGCAGAAGCAGCAACAAAAGAUGAAACCGAAAGUCUUGCCUAUGAAGUGGGAAAUUUAGUGCAUCAGCUGGCCGGCGGUGUGGGUCCUGAACUCAUUCAUCCAGGGAAAACAAUCAGCGCUCACAUCUAACUCCUUAAAAACAAUUUGCUAUUUAAAAUUAGUAAAACACUAUUUCAAACUGAUAUUUCAUCAAAUCUGUCUACAUAGAGAAUCUUCAAAAUUUAUUGUCACACAAAAAGAAUCUGCAUCCUUAAUAUGUAAUACUAACUCACAUGUAAUGCCUUUUAAACUAAGUAGUUAGAAAAUAACAGUUUUCAUUUAUUUUUCUACAAUUUGUUAUUUCGUUCGUUAUUAUGUUUAAAGCUAAUAAUUUCAUAUGAAAUUUAAAACUGCCUUCAAGUUUAGAAAGCAUAAAUGCUAGAGGAAUAUAAUUUGAAAUUAUUUUUUAUGCAUCUUUGCUUGUGUUCGUGCAUUUUUUAAUCUUAUUUCGUGAAAGGAGUACAGUGUUCAUCAUAUUGUAUAUCCAUUGAAAAACUUAUUUUAGUUAAUACGUCUGCGGUAUUUUGAAUUAAAAAUCUGAAAUCAAAAAUCGCAUUUAUUCAUCCACAACUUGACUUGUAUAUUAUAUUUAUUUUAAGUAUUAAAAUGCGUUAAUAAAACAACGAAUUUGAAACAUA